UCACUCCCUGAGUGCGCAGACGCAGGGGCAGCGAGUGGACAUUUUGGUCUUUGUCCGCGGGUCAGCACGGCCGUCGGGUCCACGUGGCGCCAAGAAGCAGCUGAGGAAUGACAAGCACACAGAGCAACACCCACAUUUUGGAGAACAGACUUCAAUUUUUAAAAGCCAAAACAUUGUUCAAAGCUUAAAGUUUUGCGCUUGAAACAUAAUUUAGAUUUAAACAGUUGUAUGGGAACAAAUCCUCUGCUUUAUACAGUUUGGAAAUCCUCCACCGUAGUCUGCUCCUGGUAAGAAUGUCUUAUAAGUAGAGUGCAGUGUGGAAAUGCCUACAGUUUGUUAGUGGAGAGCACAGACCAGAGGACAAGCCUCUGACUUGCCAGAAGCUGGGAAGCAUUUACUUGAGUGUCCCGUCUCCCUGAACAGAGAAGUCAUGCUGAGAGGAAGCUGCCGUGUGUCUCCGCAAUACUGAAAGCCUUGAGCCAGGUGACUGCGCUCUCAGCAUUGCUGGAGGAGAGCAAGUGAACUUGGCAAAAACAACAUUGACUAUCAGUUAAAGUUACCCUGGGGAGAAAGUUUGUUCUGAUAAAGCUCUCCCUUGCUCUGCAUUUGAGUGAGCAGAAAGAAGCCUUAGGACUGUAAGAAAUGUGGAAGCGCCCUCAGUCAAGAGCAAACCCUUGUUCGUCCAGACUUUCAUAUUGGAGAUAAGCGCUGUGAAUGAGAUCAGGCUUCCAUUCAGAUGUCACACCUCAGUCAGCAGAGAAUUUUAAGUGGGGGAAGCCCCUUUGCCUGUAAGGUGUGUGGGAAACUCUUCAGCCACAAAUCGAACCUUACAGAGCACGAGCAUUUUCAUAAUAGAGAGAAACCUUUUGAGUGUAACGAGUGCGGGAAAGCCUUUAGCCAGAAACAGUAUGUCAUUAAGCAUCAGAACACUCACACCGGAGAGAAGCUAUUCGAGUGCAAUGAUUGUGGAAAAUCUUUUAGCCAGAAGGAAAACUUGCUUACCCAUCAGAAAAUUCACACUGGAGAGAAACCUUUUGAGUGCAAAGAUUGUGGGAAAGCUUUCAUUCAGAAGUCAAACCUCAUCAGACAUCAGAGAACUCACACGGGAGAGAAGCCCUUCAUAUGUAAGGAGUGUGGGAAAACCUUUAGUGGCAAAUCAAAUCUUACUGAGCAUGAGAAAAUUCAUAUCGGUGAGAAACCCUUUAAGUGUAACGAAUGUGGAACAGCUUUUGGCCAGAAAAAGUACCUGAUCAAACAUCAAAACAUCCACACUGGAGAGAAGCCGUAUGAGUGCAAUGAGUGUGGGAAGGCCUUCUCUCAGCGCACAUCACUGAUUGUGCAUGUGAGGAUUCAUUCAGGCGACAAGCCUUACGAGUGCAAUGUCUGUGGGAAAGCCUUCUCUCAGAGUUCAUCUCUGACCGUGCAUGUGAGGAGCCACACGGGUGAGAAACCCUAUGGCUGCAAUGAAUGUGGGAAGGCCUUUUCCCAGUUCUCAACCCUGGCCCUACAUCUGAGAAUCCACACAGGUAAAAAGCCUUAUCAGUGCAGUGAGUGUGGGAAGGCUUUCAGCCAGAAGUCCCAUCACAUUAGACACCAGAAAAUCCAUACUCAUUAAACGCUCUGAAUAUCUUCAGUAUGGGGAAGUGUUCAUUAGGAAUUUACACCUCAUAGUGCAUCGUUUGGUCAUUCUGAGGCUAAGCACCAUAAAUCAGCCAAACAUUUAACGAAGAUGUCGUGAACACCGGAGAAUUCACACUGAAGGGAAAGACGUGUGUAUGAUAAAAGCCUGCAAUCAGCGAGUGCCUCAGAGAAGCAGAGCAGUGCUGAACUGUGAACACAGUCGUCUGUGGUCAAGAGUGGCAGGCAGGCCUGUUCUGACGGCCGUCAGCAUGGCUCUGCAGGCCGUCACUAGUCCAGGUACUGAGGACAGGAGUUACAGAGUGAUACUGUCCAUUUACCAGGACUUAGGACAUGAAAACAAUUGCUUCAGCUGAUCACCAAGACGUUUAGAGGUAAAUUGUUCUCUGAAAAGGAAGCCUGCACACCACAAACUAAACCAUAGUAAAAGUAAAAUAUAUGGGUAUUGAAAGCAGAGAUAAAGAAUUGCUAUACUUUAUACAAGGUUGACUUUGGGAGUGGGAAAACAUUCCUUGUAACAUUUGAAAAUACUUAGAAUGCUCAUGAGUAUUUAUGCUCAGGAGGUGAGACACCAGGAAAUUUACCAUGACUUAAUUUAGACUAGCAAGAUAUUAGCACUGAACUGCCUGUUGGAAUUGGAAUGAGAAAAUUUUUGGUGGACUGUUAUGCAGACAUCUGGCAGAUGUAACAGAUGAGGUGUGUACAUAACUGGAAGGACUCUGGAAGUGAUGUGGGGGAAACUCAAUGUACAGGAUGCAUAUAGUACAGUGACUUUCAAGUUAAAAUUUCCUUCUGGAAACUCAGUGUAUUAUGGUAUAAAUACAUGUAAAUGUUUGAGAUGCAUCAGAAGGAUGCAGACCAGCGCCUGAGAGUGA